AUGAGCUUGAAAACAGGCCUUGAAGCAUGGGCGGGGCUAGGGAAGCUCUUACAACUCAACAAAGCGGGUAUUUUAAUGCUUAACACGGGGGCUAGAGCUGAGGUAAGUGCAUCUGAUUCUUCCUUUGCAACCGGGGAUGAAAAUCUGGAACAUUCCUUGGCAGCGAGUGAAACGAUCAAACAGGCCUUUACUAAAAACAAGAAUGAUAGCUUCAGGAAACAGCGAGUAGAGGGAUUGCAACACCCUUACUUCGGACGCCAAAAAGAGGAUGAGAGGGAAAGGCACCACACGGUUAAGAAGCUGACAGAGAAGCAACUGAGCAUGGACAUCCUCACUGUGUUAUUCGUCUUCAGAAAAUCCUUGCUGUAUCUUCCACCGAUGCUAUUUCCUAUAGCUUGCUGUGGGAGAGAGGAAGAAGAGGCACCCACUAGAGAACAAAUGAUAUGGCUCGUUCGUAUAGGCAGAUCAAAAGUGAAUGCCUAUGUGCCAAAUAGCGUGACUCAAGAGAUAAUUGCAGCAUGUCAAUCAAGGUCCGGAUCGAAUCGCAUUGAGAAGGAAGGGAGACAGAUCUCAAUGUCAUGCUAA